UUAUCAUCACCCUUCUUACCGCUUAUCUGUUUACGUUAGAACAAGCAUCUUCUCAUUGCCUCUACAAAGUUCUCCCUCGCUGUGCUUUCGGUUUCAGUUCUGUUGCUUUUUCUUGACCACAUAAUAUUCCAAUUAUUUGUACAUUUAGCACUCCAAAGUCAGUCCCCAUUUACCCACAGUAAAUUUUUCGCGAGUAAAAUUCACUGACAAUGGCGCAAUUUCCUUACCCUACUGAAACCAUUAACAGACAGUUCCUGUGGGAUGUAUUCCAGAGAGUUGACAAGGAUCGUAGCGGUUACAUCUCAGCUGACGAACUUCAAAUGGCCCUCUCGAACGGCACUUGGACCCCUUUUAAUCCAGAAACAGUCAGAUUGAUGAUUGGAAUGUUUGAUAAACAGAACCGAGGGUCGAUCAAUUUUGAAGACUUCGGUGCUUUGUGGAAGUAUGUCAACGACUGGCAGGCAUGUUUCAGAUCAUUUGAUCGUGACAACUCAGGGAAUAUUGACUGCAAUGAAUUGAAAGCUGCUCUCACAACUUUCGGCUACCGACUUAGUGAUACCCUUGUCCAAACCAUGCUGCGAAAAUUUGAUAGGUUUGGCAAAGGCACCAUUCUCUUCGAUGACUUCAUCCAGUGUUGUAUCACUCUCCAUACUCUCACUUCAGCGUUCAGACAGUUCGAUCAAGAUCAAGAUGGGAUUAUUACAAUCCACUAUGAACAGUUCCUCAGUAUGGUUUUCAGUCUAAAAAUAUAAAUUUUAAUUUAUAAUGAUUGUAAAAUUCCUGAAAUUUUUAUCUUAGCUGAAACUUCACUAUUUUUAAAGUGUACCGCCGAAUAAGAUUCUCAGAAUUAUCUGCUGCCUCACUGAUACAAAAGUAUCUGCUUACACUCUUAUUUACUUUUGUAUCUGUAACUUUAUUUUACCGCAGCAUGAAAAUACCUCGCGAUCAAACUGUUACUGUUUCUAGUGCCCUCUCUGCACCCGCAGUUUUCAUUCCUUCUCGGCUAUUUGUAAGAAGUUCUACUCUUUAAAGAAACCUUUUCAUGAUCAGUCUUCCUUUUUUUUUAUUCUUUUAGCAAUUUUUACUCUCCGUUUAUUCUUGAAGAUUUUGAACCUUCUGUCUCUUGUCUCUGUGUCCAAGAAAUAGGAGGUAAUUUUUCAGUGCUCUUUCCUCAGUAAAGUUCAGUGGUUACUGCCGUUUAUGAAGUAUUUCCAUGUGUCUUAUUUGAAAUCCAAGCAUCAAUUUCUGUUCAAGCUCAUUGUGCCACCUUGUUGUCUUGAAGAAAAUACUAUUUAAAAAAAAUUAAAAAAAAAAAAAAUAAUAAUAAUUUGUGGAUUUCAAUUAACUUUUAUGGAUUUCAAUUUUUACCUUUACUUAAAUCAAGUUACUGUAUUAAUGGAUAAUAUUCUUACUGUUGCAUAUACUUUAAUUUACAUGUAUGUGUAAUUAUUACCAUUUUCAAUUUUUUUUAAGCACUUAAAAAUGCCUCUGUCAGAAACGUGAUUCUUAACGUUUAUUAGUAUACAUUCGUUCAUCAAUAUCGGUGGGAAAAUUAUUAACGUAAUAUUAAUUUUUAAUAGAAGAAUGAUGCCAUAAUUAUUUAGUAGGAACAGAAAUAGCUACCAGUAUUAUUAAGUAUUGAUAAGUAUCUGGUUCUGUAUGUUAAGUCUAAAGAAAAAUUUCAAGAACCGGAUAAUGAGACUCCACUAUUGUUUUUGCAAUGAUACGCUUUACUAUGUCAGUUUCGAAAUUCCAACUUCAAUAGAGGGAAUUUUUAAUUUUAUUAAAUUCAUCAGUCUAGGUAGAAUUUCAGUUCGCACUGUUUUUUCACCAAAGAAAGCUCUGUUUGAAAACUGAAUGUACUUAACAUUACUUGAUCACGCAAACUUCAUCAGCUCAUCUUGAGCUUUUCUAACUGUGAUUUAGCAUUCAACUGUUGAUUUUUUACCUCAAUUUUUAUUUUUCUUUCAAAAAUUUAUGUGUAGAUUUGUUCAUGUUUACGUUUUUGACUGUUUUUAAGUUGUGUGAGCAAAAUCCUAGAUCAUCUGUUUCAAUUCUUGUUUUUUUCGGUUUUGAUUUAGAAUUAAAUUCUUUGAAUUUUCCUCUCAGGAACAUAUUAAGUGUAAGUUGUUAGUUUUGUUAUUUCGCCUGGUUGGGUUUCGAUGUACCUGUUGUAUUGAUUUUAAAAUUUACUGCUUAACACACUCUAAUGCAGUGCUUUUAUUUUCGUAUUUCUCAUUGAUGGUAAUAAUAAUAAGAAAAAAAAUGAAACAAAUUCUACAAGAAUAAAUUAUUAUAUCAAUUCA